UCCCUUCGCUCUUUCAUGUCUGCAUGGAAAAGAGAGGAGACAGACACGGAGAGGAGUGGGAGGCGGUAGCAGGAGGCACAGAUCCUGGGAGGGGAGAGGGGUAGGGCCAAGGAGACUCACAUCCCAGCCCUCCUCGCACACACACACACACACACACACACACCCAGAGGCAUUUCCAGCGGCUGCUGCUAGCAAAGCAAAGCAAACCCUCCCCCCCCCCGUUCCCUUCUUGCAAGAGAACUUCCUCGGUUCCCCUUGGAGAGGAGGGUUCAGCCCCUGGGUCUCCCCGGCCCGAGCUUGUGCCAAAGCUCGCCCGGGGCUGAAUCCCUCGGCUCCUUUACCGACCAGCCUCGGGUUCAGGAUCCGUGGCUGGAGCAGCUGGAUACGUCUCACUUCAGGGUAGGGGCUGAUGCCAGACACAACAACUCCUCCGGCGGCGGCGGCGGCUGCUUUGUUUUGGAGUUUGUUUUUGUAGCAGAUCGCCGUUCCUGCAACGUUUUUGGGUUUUUUUUAUUUCUACACACACACACACACACACACUCACUCACUCUCCUCCCCGGACUGCUAGAUGCGGCGGGGUUUCUCUUAACUUCGCAUCAGCGCCCCCCCCCUCCCCAAACAACCGAUCCGCUGGAUCAAAGGACGACACCCCCCCCCCCGCACGAGCCCUGCAUUUGCUUAUUAAUUGCAAAGGGGGCAGGGGGCGAGGCGGCCGGGACAGACGGACGGACGGACGGUGGAGAAGCCGAGAUGCAACUGACCGGGGCUCCUCUCUGCCUCCUGCUGCUCAGCCAGCUCUUCCCUGGCAAGGUUUCAGCCCGCCAAGGCUGCAAGAGCGGACGCUUCACCUCCCUUGGGGACUGCUGUGCCCUCUGCCCCCAGGGCUACGGGGUGGCUGUCCCGUGCGGCAGCUCCAACACGCAGUGCGAGCCCUGCAGAGAGAAUGGGACGUUCUCCUCCACCAGCAGCGCCACGGAGCCGUGCCAGCCGUGCUCACGGUGCCCGGUGGCAGAGGCGUGCACCCCCACCCGCGACACUGUGUGCGCCCCCCAGUGUGCCCCCGGCCACUACCUGCACGUGGAGAACGGGAGCAGCAGCCAAUGUCUGCCUUGCCAGGUGUGCGGGCAGGGCUACGGGGCAGCAAUGCCAUGCGGGCCUACGGACAACACCGUCUGCCAAAGGUGCCUGGAGGGCUUUUACUCGGAGGAGAAGAGCGACUCGGCGCCGUGCCUGCCCUGCCGGCUGGAGUGCCACGAGGACGAGGUGAUGAUCCGGGCCUGCAGCCCCGUGUCGGACACGCUGUGCAUGGACAGAGAGCUGCAGAUCCUGAAGCGCACGGAGGGGGACCCCCGCAAGGAGCACCCCAAGAAGCCCCCGCUGUCUGAGUCAGAGGGCAGCGCCUCCCCCAGCAACUCCUCCGAGUUCCUCCCCCCGCUGCCAGACAACAGCAAGAACAUCAUCCCCGUCUACUGCUCUAUCCUGGCCGCGGUGGUGGUGGGGCUCCUGGCCUAUGUGGCUUUCAAAUGCUGGAACACCUGCAAGCAGAAGAAGCAGCUGGCCAAAGCCAGGGCUGGGGAGCUGGGAGCCUCCCCCGAGGGCGAGAAGCUGCACAGCGACAGCGGCGUCUUCCUCGACACGCACAGCCUGCAGGAGCAGCACCCGCUCAACAAGGCGCACAAGGCUGAGCCCCGGCUGUACAGCUCCCUGCCACCCCACAAGCAGGAGGAGGUGGAGCAGCUGCUGGAGAGCUCCAGCCACGGCAAGGACUGGCGCUGCCUGGCCAGCCAGCUGGGCUACGAGGAAGAAGCCAUCGACACCUUCGGCCGGGGCGAAGCCCCCGCCCACACCCUCCUCUCCGACUGGGCUGCCAAAGAGGGGGCCACGCUGGAGGCCCUGUGCGCAGCCCUGGCCGGCAUCGAGCGGCCAGACGUGGUGGAGAACUUGACCGGCCCAGCUGAGGCCAGCUCGGUGGUGUAAUGGCACGGGCAAGCCAGCAGGGGGGCGCGCACCCCGCGAGACCCGGACUCGCUAGGAGUUUUAAAUGGCAACAAAAAAAGAAAAGGGGGGAGGGGAACAAAUUUUGUUAAUUAUAGGGGAACUUUAAAAAAAAAAAAAAGCAACGAAACAAACAAAAAAGCCACAGAGCAGCGGCCUUUGGCAGGACAAGGUGCAGCACCAUGGUGUGACUGGCGCGGGAGCCCACCAUCUCCUACCGGCAGCGACCGGGCCUGUGGGCGCCAUGUGCCGUCCCUACCGGCGGCAACCGGGCCUGCGGGUGCCACACACUGUCCCUACUGGCGGCGACCAGGCCCGCGGGUGCCACACGCUGUCCCCAAUUGACGGCCAUCAGGCCUGCAGGCGCCACAUGCCGUCCCUACCGGCGGUGACCGGGCCUGCGGGCGCCACGUGCCGUCCCUACUGGCGGCGACCGGGCCUGCAGGCGCCACGUGCCGUCCCUACCGGCGGCGACCGGGCCUGCGGGCGCCACGUGCCGUCCCUACUGGCGGCGACCGGGCCUGCAGGCGCCACACGCUGUCCCUACCGGCGGUGACCGGGCCUGCAGGCGCCACACGCUGUCCCUACCGGCGGUGACCAGGCCUGCGGGCGCCACGUGCCGUCCCUACCGGCGGCGACCGGGCCUGUGGGCACCACACGCUGUCCCUACUGGCGGCGACCGGGCCUGCGGGUGCGACGAGACCUGGGAUUCUGGAGCCGAAGGCUCUGGGUCUCGCCCUGCUUGAGCCUGGGCUUGGGAGCGAGCCAGCCCCUGAGGUGAGCGGGUGGCAGGGAGAGCGGCUGGCAUUGCUGGAGAGGGAGGAGCGUUUGGGGGGACGGGUUCUCUGCCCCUUUGACUCCGUCCCCGUGCCCACCCUGUCUGGGGAUCCCGGCUGGCCGUGUUGUGUGGGUUCCUUCCGUCACGUGGCCAUUGUAACCCAUGGGGAUUAACCAGGGGCUUUCCGCUUCCCUGUGCCCCCUCUGGAAGAGCCCUCAGCCCUACGGACCUGCCAGGGCCAAGCCAUUCGCCCUCCCCAGGUGGACUCCGGCCCCCCGGCCAGGCCAGGGGGUGAAGGGACACAUCACCGGGCACGGGCGUAGGGCUCUGCUGUCUAACCUAUUCUAGCCCCCGCCCUCCUCUGUCACCCCUCCAGCCCAGGCCCUGCACCACCCCCAGUCAGCACCUCCCGCCACAACCAACUGCACCAUUCCCAAACCGUGUCUGCCCC